GCGAGGCGCGCGCUUAUUCCGUUUUAUAAAAUGGCGGCGUGAAUUGGGCCGAAAGUGAAUUUGACACAAGCGUGGACGACCAUCAGGGGCAGAUCAGAAUUGUCUUAGUUAAGUCUUGGUGGGCAUCUGAGUUGAGAAAAAAAGGGAGCAGAUCUGUGAUGGCUAAAAGGAUCGCGGACAAGGAGCUGACUGACAGGAACUGGGAUCAGGAAGAUGAAGGAGAGGAGGCGGGAAUGUUUUCUAUCGCCAGCGAAGAUGUGAUGAAGAACAGGCCCAUUAAGAAGGCGAAGCGCCGAGCUCCUGGAACUGAGGGUGAGAGCGGGGGCGCUUUCAAAGCCUUCAAAGGCUUCUCUGUGACGGGGUCAGCGCCAGGAGGGGGCGGAGCCUUUCCCAGCUUUGGGAACGGCGCCGGCUUCAAGCCCGUCUCCACCAUGGCCAACGGGAGCAGCCGAGCGUCCGCCACCCCGUCCUUCCCCGGAUUCGCCUCCGCGGCCUCAACCACCACGCCCGCCGCCUCGCUGACGUUCAACGGCCCAGCCUCCUCCCCGCCCCCGACUGCUGAGGUCACAAGCAAGCAGCCCAAUGGCUCCGCCCCCAGCCUGGCUCAGAGCUCCGCCCCCGGGCCGGCUCAGAGCUGGAGCUCCAGCAGCUCGAGCAGCAGCAGCGGCAGCAGCAGCUCCAGCCGGGGCAGGGAGUACAGCCGCCAGCUCACCGCGCUGAACUGCUCCGUCCGGGACUGGAUCGACAAGCACGUCAACGACAACCCGCUGUGCGACCUCAACCCCAUCUUCCGCGACUACGAGCGCCACCUGGCCAGCAUCGAGCAGAAGUACGGGACGGGGGCGGGGCCAGAGAGCCAGGAGAAGGGCGGGAACACCGAGGGCUCUCAGCCAGCCGCUGCCGGCAGCAGCAGCAGCAGCAGCGCCAGUCAAGCCCCGUCGUCGGGGGCGACGGCCCCCGCUCUGUUCCCCCUGAGCGGGGAGAAGGAGAGCGGCCCGCCCCCUGCCGGGGUGUCCUUUAACUUUGGGAAGAAGGUGGACAGCUCUGUGCUGGGGUCCCUGGGGGCCUCCGCGGCCCCGCUGAGCUUCUCCUUCUCCAGCCAGGGCUCCCUCGCGCCCCUCUUCGGGGGCCAGGGGGCCACAACAACCACGCCCGCCGCCACCUUCUCCUUUGGGGGGGCCAAGACCGAGGCGGCCAGCAGCCAGAAGACAGAAGAUCAGAACGGAGGCGCGGACGAGGAGUCGGAGGAGCCCCCCAAGCCCGUCAUCACGGAGGUCAAGGAGGAGGACGCCUUCUAUUCUAAAAAGUGCAAACUGUUUUACAAGAAAGAGAACGAGUUCAAGGAGAAGGGCGUGGGGACGCUGCACCUGAAGCACGUGGCUGAGGGGAAGACCCAGCUCCUCGUCCGCGCCGACACUAACCUAGGAAACAUUUUGCUGAACAUCUUGGUUCCGGCGUCCAUGCCCUGCUCCCGGAAGGGCAAGAACAACGUGAUGGUGGUGUGCGUGCCCAACCCCCCCGUGGACGACAAGAACCCCGCCGUCGCCGUGCCGCUCCUCAUCAGAGUCAAAACGGCCGAGGACGCCGACGAACUUCACAAAAUGCUGCAGGAGAAGGCGUGAACCCACCCCCCGACCCCCACCCCACUGCCCCCGCCCCCCGCCCGCCCCGGCCUGCUGGAACCCCGAAAUCAGAAAAUAGGCCGCACUGUUUCAACAGAUUGUCCCGAACUCCCCUCCCUCUGCCCCUGCAUCCUGCCCCGUCCCGUCUGAAAGGGUACCCCCCCCUCAGGAUGAGCAGUUUGGGCUGCGGGUCUGGCUCCUCAGCACAGCAGCACAUUGUAAUUAAAGGCCCUAGCGUUUGCAUGCCCCCGCAUAUUUUAGUCCGUCUCAGAAACGAGUUGCUUUCUCAUGAAAAUGAAAAACUUCAGAAAGGUUUUCUGCCCGCUCUCGUCAACCCAAAUGCCGAAAUGAACUGAAAUCUCCCCCGAUUUCUUUUAUUCCACAGUUUGCUAAAAAAUAAAAGGAAAAAAAAAUAUUUUUAGUGGAUCCAUGAACAUUCCGUCAUGAUAGAAUUUUUGCUGCUAAGGUUUGAGAUGAAUUGAUUGGAAGAGGCCCAUCACCAGGAGCGCGGUCAUGUCAGCGGGGUUAGCGGUACUGUUGAUUUGGACAGCCAGCCAGAGAGGAGCGAACGUCAGUGCUUUAUAGAAGCCUGAUCAGCCUGGAUGUUUUGUACUUGUUACCUGUUCCCUGUUUAUAUAUAUAUACAUAUAUAAAAAGAAAACAUGAAACCUACUGCAAGUUUUGAAACUGCUUGGCUUUUCAGCAACUAACUAAAACAGACAAAAAAAAAGUAUGACUGAGCACAUGUAUUAAGACGGUUUAUUUAGCUUUAGGAGUCUUGUAACCCGUUUCAGUUUUAGACUCGUGAGAGUACAGUUGAUAUUGGAUUUGUGUUUGCAGAACCUGUCCUAAGCGUACCAGUAGUUGUUCACCAUUGUCUUCAGAACUUGAAUUAUAUAUAUUUUUUUAGUGUGGUUCUGGCCGCUCGCUGUAAAAUGGCCAGAUUUUUAGAGUAUUUAUUCUAGCAGAUGCUCUUGUGUAAAUGAGUCUCACCCAGUCCUUCCCACAGGUCUCUGUAUGUAAGAGUCUGGUGCCCCAGGCUUGGGUAUGCCGUACGUUAGGGGAGUCUUAACACUGUCUUAACAUCCCUGGAUGGAUUGCGAAUGAGUCCAAAAAAACAAAAAACUACAACAAAAUGGCGCUUGUUUUUCUACCUGGUAAAUGUGUCUGGAAGUGUGGAUCCGGUGGGUUUUUGUUUAAGUGUCCUUUGUAUUGCCUUGGCAGAGGUGACACGGUGAGUGUGGCGGUGCCUGAUGAUGCGUUUGUGAGUAACAGUGUAAGUGACUGGUGAAUAAACCACUACACGUUCACUUAACCGCGCCGUGCUUUCUUCCUUCUGGGGCAUGCCCUCUGCUGUUCUUAAUUUUGGGUCCGUGGUGUUUCUGUCAAAGCCAUUUUUACCCCACCACUUCCAACCCCUCAGACACGGCAUGUCUCACAGUGCAGAUUUCAGGACCUCGUCCUCAUUUUUUUAAGCAAGGUCAGCAUUUCUGGAACUAGCAUUACGGCUGCCACUAGAGGGAGCCAUUGCUAAAUUUAGUCAGUUUUUUUUUCUUGUCUCAGACAUAUUGCUGCCAGUCUUGUUCUGUUUAUCCUCAUUUUCUGUCUUAUGUUCUCUUACAAUUAAAAGGUGAGUCGCA